AUGCUAGGCGUCAACAGCGUAGCUGCCACCCUACGUUCUAUCCUGCCUCCUAAUGGCAACAUAAGUAAUGAGUUAUCCACUGCCCUAAUGUCCCUUGGGUCGUCUAUCGACCAAAUCCGUAACAAGCAAGAUUCCAUGGCUAAGGAUAUUGAGCUAGUAAGGAAGCUGGCGCGUUCAAAUUGGCUACUAAUAAUAAAUUUACCGCUGCCUUUCGGCGUCAGUAAGAUCCAGGCGGUACAGAACCUAUUUUCAUCGUUAGGUUACACGAAACCGCUUUUUGAUGCCGAUAGGGACCUUUUGGCCACGGAUUUAAUUUACGUUAACAAAAAUGGUCUUUUGUGUAACAUGUCGAUUUUUGUCGCACAGCGACAUUACGAUUAUGUCAUGUCGGCACCUUUUCAAAAGGCCAUCAUGGACCACAACAGAUCCCUGGGCAGAGGUAUGUCCAUUUUGGCAAAAGGUUCAAGAAAGGUUCGAAAAAGGAUCAAAAAGGAUAUUCCAAAAACUAUGUACCAAAAGUUUGCAGGUGCGAAAGUACUGUCCAAAGCUAUGUAG